CGAAUGGGCGUUUACUAGCCGUCCGUAUGACAUCAGCUCAGGUCAGUCCUCUAUAAAACCGGCUAUUCUCAAUGCUGGAGUCACUGAGAGCACAGCCGCUGCUAUCAAACACAGGACGUCUCGCAAACGGUCUAUUUCAACCGCUAUGUCUUCAUACGCGUCUUCAGACUCUCGUCGCGUCAGUCCCGCCGUGAACGGCGUCAAAUUCGACACGGCUCACCGCAAGAAAGCCUCGCCGAACAUCUUCGAGAACGUCAACCAGGACGUCCUGGUGAAACUCUUCGAGAAAGCCGGAGACCUGAAGGCGGCGGAGAGAGCCAGGAGCAUCCUCGCGCUGCACCAGGACCCCGAGGGCGUCUCCAGAGCACUCAUGGCUCUUCAGCAGGACAAGAAGGACACGUGUCUGCUCAUCACCGGACUGACGCGCCAGGCGCUCAAGUUUCGUUGAGGGAAGGUUUCGUUGGGAAGCUGUGCAGAGAGUCAUGUUGGUGUGCUGUGAGAACACAGAGAGAGGAGACUGAACUGAUCCAGUUGAAAAGUUGAGCUUGAAGACACCGGAGCAUUGCUGCUUCUUAACACCUUGGAGAACACUUGAAAUAUGGACUGAUGCCAAAGGGUGAAAUUUGCUUAUGAAGAGGGUCGGGUUCUAUUGUCUGAAUUGCCAUGUUAAGGUCUGAAAAAAAAAACAAUAAAACCAAUUAAAUAAUUUA